AGUCAGAAACUUCAGCGGGUGCAGGUGCUUCUGCUUUGGAGCAGCAGACAGCUUUUUUUGUUUUACCCCUUGGACACAUUUCUCCUCAACACUUUUUUCUUAUUUUUUACUGUGACUUUGGUACUCCACUAUGGAGUUGUGGAGGCAGUGUAGCCAAUGGCUUAUCCAGUGUCGGGUUCUACCAGAAAAUCACCGGGUAACUUGGGAUUGUGCCCAGGUCUGUGAUCUGGCCCAUGCCCUGAGGGAUGGCGUCCUUCUGUGCCAACUUCUCAAUAACCUGCAGCAACAGUCCAUCAACCUGAAAGAGAUCAAUCUGCGGCCACAGAUGUCUCAGUUUUUGUGCCUGAAGAAUAUUCGGACAUUCCUAAAUGCUUGCCAAGACAAAUUUGGAAUGAAGAAGAACGAGCUGUUUGAAGCCUUUGACUUAUUUGAUGUUCGGGACUUUGGCAGGGUUGUCAUGACGUUGUCCAUUUUAUCCAGCACUUCAAUUGCCAGAAGUCGAGGGAUCCCGCCAUUUCUUCCACAAAACAACCUUCCGGAUGAAGAGAUUUAUAGCGGCCUUUCUGACCAGAUGGAUGACACUGGAGAAGAAGAUGAUGAUCUCUAUGAUUGUGUUGAGGACGAAAAUGAUGAAGGGGAUGAGAUCUAUGAAGACCUGAUGAGGACUGAGGUUCCAGUAGAAACACCCCAGAAGAUGACCCCCAUAGACAAAAAGAAUUGCUGCUUGCAAGAAAUUCGACAAACAGAGGAGAAGUACUCUGAGACACUAGGAUCCAUUUUACAGCACUUUCUUAAACCGCUACAGAGAUUCCUUCAACCACAGGAUAUUGAGACGAUUUUCAUCAACGUUGAGGAGUUAAGAAAAACACACCAAAGCUUAUUGGAAGACGUCAGAGAUUCCCUUCAGAAUUACAACGCAGAGAAUCUUUACCAAGUUUUCAUCAAUUACAAGGAAAGGUUAUUACCCUAUGGCAGAUACUGCAGCCAAGUGGAAGCAGCAACAAAACAUCUAGACAAGGUGGCCAGUUUGAGAGAAGAUGUGCGCUUAAAGCUGGAGGAAUGCUCCAAAAGAGCCAACAAUGGUAGGUUUACACUUCGUGAUCUUCUGAUGGUUCCAAUGCAACGUGUUCUCAAAUAUCACCUUUUAUUGCAGGAACUUGUUAAACAUACAACAGAUGCAUCUGACAAGGAGAAUUUGCGUUCGGCCCUGGAUGCUAUGAGAGACUUGGCUCAGUGUGUCAAUGAAGUCAAGAGAGACAAUGAAAUCCUCAAGCAGAUCACAGCUUUCCAGUUGUCCAUUGAAAAUCUGACUCAAUCCCUAGCAGAAUUUGGAAGACCAAAAAUCGAUGGGGAGCUGAAGAUCUAUGGAGAAAAACGAUCAAAGCAAGACAGAUAUGCAUUCCUCUUUGACAAAGCCAUGUUUGUGUGCAAACGCAAGACCGGUGAUAACAUGGACCUGAAGGAGAUCAUCAGUCUACAGUAUUACCAAGUGAGAGAUGAUUCUUCUGGAGACAGGGACAGCAAGAAGUGGGCCCAUUCCUUCAAGUUGAUUGACACGUAUGGACAACACGACUAUGAUCUGUUCUUUAAAACCAAGGAGCUGAAGAAGAAGUGGCUGGAGCAGUUUGAAAUGGCCUUGUCCAAUAUGUACCCCGAAAACCACACGGCAAAUGGUCACGACUUCCAGAUGCACUGCUUUGAGAACACCACAUCUUGCAAGGGCUGUCAGAUGCUCCUAAGGGGCAUCUUCUUUCAGGGCUAUCGGUGCUCACGAUGUAAAGUUGCUGCACACAAGGAGUGCUUGGGUAGGGUGCCAACCUGUGGAAGACAUUCAGGUAGAGAUACAUCUGGCACCAUGAAAAAGCAAAAAUCAAACAGAUCCCCUCCUCACAGACCCUCAGAAUCAGGAUUUCCUAAAAUGGAGGCUUGUGAAGACUAUUACGGCAGACCACCACCCCCUGUAGCGUUUGGACAAGCGCUCGUGCUAUCUAUCGGUGACAUCAUCGAGCUGACGAGAGCGGAGGCUGAGCAGCAGUGGUGGGAGGGUAGAAACAUCUCCUCAGGGGCAGUUGGAUGGUUUCUGUGUACCAAAGUCCGGCCAUUUGUUUUGAAGCCGAUGCCAGACCUUUCCCAGUACCAAUGGUAUGCAGGAAGCAUGGAGAGGGCUGGAGCUGAAAACCAGCUAAGUAACCGUUCAGAUGGUACCUACCUCGUGCGCCAGAGGCAGAAGGAAUCAGGGGAAUACGCCAUCAGUGUCAAGUACAAUGUCGAGAUUAAGCAUAUCAAAGUCACCUCGUCUGAUGGGUUGUUCCGCAUCAAUGAGAAGAAGGCUUUCAAGAGUCUUGUUGAGCUUGUAGAGUUUUACCAGCGGAACUCUCUGAAGGAGUGCUUCAAAACGCUGGACACUACACUUCAGUUUCCAUUUAAAGAUCCAGAGAGGAGGGCAGUGGCCAAGUCCCAAGAAGGAAGUGUAAGGUACUUUGGUACAGCCAGAGCACGGUAUGAUUUCUCAGCACGGGACCGCACUGAGUUAUCGCUACGAGAAGGAGACAUCAUCAAGAUCAUUUCCAAAAAAGGAAUGCAGGGCUGGUGGAAGGGGGAGGUCUAUGGAAAGGUUGGCCUGUUUCCACCCAAUUAUGUUGAAGAGGACUACUCGGAUUACUGCUGAUGACCUGAGAUGGUGCUGCAGGGUGUUGGCCAACACUGCGUUCAACUUCAUCUGACAUCGCCUGGAGAUUGAAGACUUUGGAAGACCCAAACGUUAACAUUAGCUGUUGGAAUUUUACCAAAGCAGUAGAGCUGAACAUUUUAGAAUCUUCUUGUUUUUAUUUAUUUUUUUUUAAUAACACACAAACACAUUGCAAAGCACUGUUACAAAGUGAUAAGAUCUGAGCAAUGCGUCUUUUAUCAGUUCUUUUUUUAUUUUUGCCUAGUAGCUAUAUCAUACAGAAAAGCAUUGUCCACACAAUAAACAGCAGUCAAUAAACUCAACUGGCUGCAGGCUUUAGAAGGUUAACCGAGGAUGGAUUUAAGAUUAAUGGGGUGGACUAUGCCAAUGGAGUUUGUUCAUUUCUGAAACUGAAUACUAACUGAGCUUGAUGACCUUUGAUUAAAUAGGUGGGUUCAGAAACUUAAUAAACGAGUGAGUGAAUGAAUGAUUCCCCACAA